AUGUGGCUUCACAAUAAACUUAUUUGCAGCUUCGCCAUAAUUGCCAGCGAAUUGGUCACUAAAAAGCCAGCCUGGGACUUGGACAAUAGGAAAGAAGAUGCUGAAGAACUCGUCUUUCUAAUUAUAAAAUCGAGCAUGGACCCUGUUCGACCAAGCCUUGACAGCCAAGAAGUUGCCGAGAUAACCCCUGCGCUGAUCCAUCUUAUCCGCGAAUGUUGGUCUGAGUGGCCGAGGCAUCGCCCAAAUAUGAAAAAAGUCAAGUUAUUACUCACUACCAUGCAAGCGGGAAACUCAAUUUAA